AUGGAAAUCAGUUUUAUUCUCAACGACCAUGUCAAAGCCAAUGACAACCACAACGAGAACAAGAACAAAGAGGAUGAGGAGAACCAGGCAGAAGAAGAGGCAGAACGCCAAACCUUGUCACAGCCAAGGAGCACGCCUCGAGACAACGAUUCGGAGCAGCACACUCCGCGAGGGUUGAGGUAUACGGAGGAGGAGCAGCUGUUCCUCUGGUAUCACCACGUCGAUCUCUACCUGGACUGGGACGAAACACUCACCCAAUACCGACUUCAGUUUCCUGACAAGGUCAGAAACCAGAGCAGUCUGUCCUUCUGCUUUGACCGGCUUAGACGGCACAAUUUCCAUGGCAUCCGGGGCAGACAGGGUGUUCGCGGGGGUCGGUCCAGACCAAUGCACAGGUGUAUCGGCAGGCGCUUUGCGUGGAUGAGGCCGGAACAUCGUUGA